UACAGGGAUUCCUUUGGGAAAAUGCCGAGCCGAAAGUUUGCUGAUGGCGAGGUGGUGAUGGGCCGUUGGCCCGGAAGUGUCCUGUACUAUGAAGUACAAGUGGCUAGUUAUGAUGAUGUUGCUCAUCUUUAUACUGUUAAGUACAAAGAUGGGACUGAACUUGCGUUGAAAGAAAGUGAUAUAAGGACACUGUCAUCAUUCAAGCACAGGAAGAGCCAGUCCUCUUCAAGUUCUCCCUCCAGAAGAAGUAGUAGCAGAUCUCGAUCUCGAUCUAGAUCUCCUGGUCGGCCAGCAAAAGGCAGACGUCGUUCUUCGUCCCAAAGCAGAGAACAUAAAGAAGACAAGAAGAAAACUGUUCAGGAAACUAACUUAGUUCCACUGAAACCAAGUGAGAAUAACACCAGAAGCUACAACGGUGAACCUGAGAGUACAGAAAGAAAUGACACAUCCUUCAUAGCAUUGGAGCAGCAGAAGUUCAAACCAGACCUGGAUAUAGAGCGUGUGCUUGAACACUACAGCUUGCGUCCAAGAAAAGAGGAGAAGAAAAGAGAAGAGAUAUAUUCAGAGAAAAAGAUUUUUGAGACUAUGAAAACAGAGAAAGCACCACCAAAAACCAAGGAGUUAGAGUUUGGAGGAAGAAUUGGGACCUUCAUGCUGAUAUUUUUCCUGCCUGCUACUGUGUUCUACUUGCUGUUGAUGUGCAAACAAGAUGACCCCAGUAUUAUGAACUUCCCUCCUCCUCUCCCAGCACUUGAAAGUCUUUGGGAAACUAGAGUGUUUGGUGUGUUUCUUCUGUGGUUUGCCCUUCAAGCUCUAUUUUACUUACUGCCAAUUGGAAAGGUUGUGGAAGGCCUGCCUCUUUCAAGUGGAAAGAAGCUGCACUACCGGAUAAAUGGGUUUUAUGCUUUUAUCUUGACUGCUGCAGCAAUUGGAGCUUUAUUAUACUUUCAAUUCGAACUUCAUUAUUUGUAUGAUCACUUCAUGCAGUUUGCAGUGUCAGCUGCAGCUUUUUCUAUGGGACUGAGCAUUUUUCUCUAUAUUCGGUCCCUGAAAGCACCUGAGGAAGAACUAGCACCAAGUGGAAAUUCUGGGUAUUUGGUUUAUGAUUUUUUUAUUGGGCACGAAUUAAACCCCCGUAUUGGCAGUUUUGACCUCAAAUACUUUUGUGAGUUGCGUCCAGGAUUAAUUGGCUGGGUUGUUAUAAACCUGGCGAUGCUCCUGGCUGAGAUGAAGAUACACAAUCUAAGUAUGCCAUCACUGUCGAUGAUACUUGUGAAUAGCUUCCAGCUUCUCUACGUGGUGGAUGCUCUUUGGAAUGAGGAAGCUGUUUUAACUACAAUGGAUAUUACCCACGAUGGAUUUGGAUUCAUGCUGGCAUUUGGAGAUUUGGUGUGGGUUCCCUUUGUCUACAGUCUGCAGGCCUUCUAUUUAGUUGGCCAUCCUACUACAAUUUCAUGGCCUGUUGCUGCUGCAAUUACUAUUCUGAACUGUAUUGGAUAUUACAUAUUCCGUAGUGCAAACUCUCAGAAAAACAAUUUCCGAAGGAAUCCAGCAGAUCCCAAAUUGGCCUAUCUGAAAUUUAUACCCACUGCAACUGGAAAAGGGCUUCUGGUCACAGGUUGGUGGGGUUUUGUUCGUCAUCCGAAUUACCUUGGUGACAUCAUCAUGGCUCUAGCAUGGUCUCUACCCUGUGGUUUUAAUCAUAUUUUACCUUAUUUCUACGUGAUAUAUUUCAUCUGCUUGCUUGUUCAUCGAGAAGCUCGUGAUGAACAUCACUGUAAGCAAAAAUAUGGCUUGGCAUGGGAAAAGUAUUGUCAGCGUGUACCGUACCGCAUCUUUCCUUACAUCUACUAGAGCACUCCAGAUGCCUGAUUUGC